UGUCCUUGGCUUUUAUAUGACCUCUCUUAGUCCUUGAACAUGACCCUGUGUUAGCGUGUGCUCAGAUUUUCUCUUCAAAAAAGGGCACCAGUCACAUUGGAUUAGGGCUCACUGUGCUCGCCUCAUUUUAACUUAAUCAUCUCUGUAAAGACCCCAUCUCCAAAAGUAGUUAUAUUUUGAAGGAUUAGGCCAACACCCAUGAAUUUGGCGGUGGGGCACAAUUCGGCUCACAAGUCUUGGCUCUGUAGAGCUAGCUGUGUAACCACAGGCCAGUCACUGCGCUGGCUUGAAACAGCCUUCUGUCAGAGAGGGGGCUUAAAGACAUCACUUUCAGAGCCCUUCUUCCCUAAAACUAAAAUGAGAUACCACAUUUUGGUUCACAUUUUGAAGAUCUUAGGAAUUAGCUAACGGCUUUGCUGGUGUCAACAAAACUUUUAAAUUUUUAGAAAUUUCUCACUUUCUGUUUCUACCACUCACCCAAGUGCCUCUCUGCAUUCUGUUACCUCUUAGUUGAAUUCUGAAAGACAAUUUAAAUGAUGAGUUCUUUUCCUUAGAACCCAUCUGUUCUCAUCAGUCUAUUUGAAGUUCAGAUCCAGGGGUUAAAAUGGAUUCUACUUAGAAUUCGAGAUGUCUAAUGUUCAAAUAAUUCUACCUGCAAGCAUUUUAAAAUAAGUUUUAAGCCAAGUAUUUUAUUAUGCUUGUCUAUUAGGGUAAGUUAUGCUUAUUGAAUAAGGUUCACUUUUCAAAACACUGGAUUCAAAUAUGAGAUAAUAUUUCUGGCAUUUUAAAACAAACCUUCCAGAACUUACACAUAUAAAUGAAUGUUUUCCACCCCUGUCCCCCUCUGUGGGUAACUAACAACACUGUAAUUAUUAUAUGUUUUUUUUCCAAGCAGUUUAUAAAUCACACAAGAAAGUUAGUCCAUGUGCUCUCUAAGGUGUAAAAUUGGUUUUUAAGAAAUGUGUCUAUUUACUUAUAGUAACAUGAUAGUACAAGAUGCUAAGUUAUAACUACUCUUUACACAUCUUGUUGUUUCAUUGGCAGGCCAGCAACUCAAGGGUUGCAUUUUUGACAUGGAAAUCUAUGAGGAUAUGACUAAUAAGGAUUCUUUUCUGAUACUUGCCUUUAUUGUUGGAUCAUUGCCCCAAAAUAUCAGAGCUCGAGCGACUGAGGUGUCGGACUUGAGGGAGAAUGUUACAAAAGCUGAGACUCAGUGCUCAGAAGGCCUGCAUCAUGGAGGCCAGUUCUGCUGUCAGCUGUGUCCUCCUGGUACAAGAAAAGAUGCUGACUGCAAAGCCAAUGGGGGAAAGCCAAUAUGCGUGCCCUGCCAAGAAGGGAAGGAGUAUACAGAUAAUGAACAUUAUUCUCCUAAAUGCAGAAGAUGUAAGUUUUGUGAUGGAGGACAUGGCUUAGAAGUGGAAACAAAUUGUACCCAGACCCAGAAUACCAAAUGCAGAUGUAAACUGAACUUUUAUUGUGAAACUGCUCUCUGUGAACACUGUGACCCGUGCACCAAGUGUGAACAUGGAAUCAUUGAGAAAUGUACACCCACCAGCAAUAGCAAAUGCAAAAAAGAAACUACAGGUUUCAAUUAUAACUGGCUGUGGUUCCUCCUGCUAUUCCCACUUAUAGCUUUUGGUAAGUUCUUAGUUUGUUCAAACUAUAGAUUUGAAUUUUUGCCCACAAGAAUUUUUCUCUGUCUUCUAUCUGUAAGAAAGCUACCAAGUGUAGCUCUGUUAACACUUGACUCAGUGGGGUAUCUUCUCAUGCUUUCUACCAGGCUAAGGUCUGAGUCUGAUAGAAAUUACUUUGGUCUUUCAGGGAUAUACAAAAUUUUUAAGUGCUGCAGUACAAAGCAUGGUCACCAUGAACUUCUACCCAACAAUCGGGAAAUAGAGCCAAUGAAUUUCUCAGAUGUGGACCUGAGUAAAUACAUCAUUAGUAUUGCUGAAGAGAUGACGAUCAAUCAAGUUAGAGAAUUUGUUCGUAAGAAUGGUAUCAAUGAAGCCAAGAUAGAUGAGAUCAAGAAUGACAAUCCACAAGAUACAGCUGAGCAGAAAGUCCAACUGCUUCGUAACUGGUAUCAAUUUCAUGGCAAGAAGAAUGCAUAUAACACUUUAAUUCAAAGUCUCCGAAAAGCCAAUCUUUGUGCUCUGGCUGACAAAAUUCAGGAUUUUGUCCAGAAAGACGUUGUUAGUGACCGUGAAAAUUCAAGCUGCAGAAAUGAAAAUGAAAGACAGAGCUUGGCCUAGGGUGAAAAAAAAGCUAACUCAGUUCUGAGUAUGUACAGUCAACAAAGUAAAAUCAGUGUGAAAAAAGUCUUGUGCAGCUAAAGGUUGUAAAUAUCAAUUAAUUUUUUAUUGGGUGCAUUAUGUUUUUUCAUUUGUGAUAUCUGUACAGUUAUAACUUUAUGGAGUUCAAAGACCUUAGAAUUCUUCCUUCAAGAUGUUUAAGACAGGUGGGAAGACAGAUAUGCAUGGUCAAGAGUAAAUGCAGUGGCAUGAUAAACACUCAAAGAGAAGCGUGUACAAAGGGGGAAAGCUUAGGAUCAUGCUGUAGCGUCUCACAUGAAGUUCUGUCAGUGUGAAUGUAGUUAGUGAAUAUUAGUAUAAAUGUCUGCCCACUGCUGUCCUCUUUCCACACAUCAACAGAAACUGUGAACUUUUGCUGCCAUAUCAGUCACUGGGAAGACUGCUUUGCUUCUAUAUUACUUCUGUGUGAUUCUGUGAUGACUCUAGAGAUCUUGCCAUGUUUGUAAAUUUUAUUUACCACUCUGAGAGGAACAUAUUCAGGCAGAGCUUGCAUAUAUAUUUGAAUGUAGAGUUUAAUAAACUUAUGCCUCAAAGACCUUUGUGCAGAUCACUGGUAUUCUGUGGUCCAAUUUUCAGUUUUGAAUUUGCAUGGAAAAUGCAGAUUGGAUUAAAAUUAUUGAAUAUUUUC